GCUCGUGGGAGAUUGCGGGGAAAGGAAGGGAAGGAAGGGAAGGAAGGGAGGUCUGGACUGGGGCAUGGGAAGGGCGGUGAGAAGGGGAAGGGCGGUGACAAAAGGGAGGGGAAGCGUGAAAGCGUACCUGUACCGAAUGGGAGAGGAGGAGCGGAGCGCAGUCAGCAUGCUCCAAUGUACGAGAUCAAGCCUCUGAGGUUGCUGAGGCACCGACACAAGAAGCGACGCAGCUAUGCGGAUAUUUUGGAGGAAGAGGGGGAGGAGGAGAACCGCGAGGAGGGGGUUGGGGAAGGGGGCAUGGAGGAAGGGGGCGGGCAGGUAAAAGGAGAGGCAGGGCAGGUUAAAGGAAAAGCAGGGCAGGUUGAAACCAUGGGUGACGGGAGGGGUAAGGGAACCGGGGGGUCAAAGAAAGGGAGGGAGGGCAUGUGGAAACUCAAGGUUGUGGAGUGGGAUGCCAAUGGUUUUGAGAGUACUGAAACGGCUGACGGUGCAAGUGCUGGUGGCGGCUUUAGUGCCGGUGGGUUAGGUGGUGGUCCUGCUGCUGGUCAUGGUGCUGUUGCAGCUAGUGCUGGGGAUGCUUGUAAAGAGGAUGCUGGUAACGAGGGUAGCAAUGGUGACGUUGAGGGAGAGGUGGUGUACUAUGAGGAAGAGGAGGAGCGAGCGUUGAGAGUGCAGAAAGAAAGAGAGAAGGCGGGAAGGGAGCAAGAAACGAAGGGAGGCAGGAGAGAGGGAGGAGGAGAGAGGGAGGGAGAAGAGAGGGAGGGAGGAGAGAGGGAGGGAGGAGAGAGGCGGGAAGGGCCAAAGAGAGGAGAGGAAGGGGAGGGCGAGCAGAGUCGAGGCACGCUGUGGGUGUUGUGGAAGCGGGACGUAGGGUGGGAGAACAAGCAGAGGAUCCUUCCGACGAGGGGGAGGGAGAGGGGAGGGAAGAAGAGGUAAAGGAAGAACAGGAGGAGGAGGAAGAGGAAGAAGAGGAGGAGGACGACGACGAGGAGGAGUAUGUGGUGGGGUUUCAGGGCAAAAGGAGGAGUG